GCCGUCGCUGGCAAUCAAAAAAUCAAAACAAGUAAAACGACGAAUCAUAAAAUUCGUAAAGCAAAAAGUUAGGCACGAUUUAAAUUAAUAUUUCCAUCACCAAAACGUUUUCAUAAAUUGUGGCCCUUCAUCCAAAUUCAGGAAGUAGAUAUGGCAGGUUACUUCGAAGAAAUGGGAUGGAGAGAGUUAGGAGAAGGAGAGGAACCAAAUCACCUACUGCAUAUGGCAAGAUUCCUCGUAGACUUUGGGCUAUAUGAGGACAAUUUCACUGGAGAGUGGCCGAGACUACCUCCACCAGCUGCAAAGGAAGCCGUAGACAACCUGCCAGAAAUUACAAUUGAUGAUUCUACCAAGGAUUGUCCAAUAUGCUUAAAGAAGUUUAAUCCAGGAGAGAAGGCUAAACAAAUGCCAUGUAAACAUAUUUUUCACAGCACCUGCAUUCUGACCUGGCUAGCCAAAACAAAUUCAUGUCCAUUUUGCCGAUUUGAGCUACCUACAGACCACACAGGAUAUGAAGCAUUCAAAAAGGAAAAAAAGAGAGCAGAGCAGCGAAAAGAAGACCUUGACAAUCUUCAUAAUUCAAUGUUUAGUUGAUUUCAUCCAAAAAUAAUAAGCAGGUAACUUGGAUAACAUGCAAAUGAAAACAUGCUUUACAUUUCUAUAUAGCAUUGCCUAUACUGGCUCCAUCUGGGUAUUUAAAAUUUUAUUUAAGUUUUAGUGUUUAUUUUUUAAUAAUUAUACAUAUUGGGAUAUGGAAGUAGUGAUGUCUUGAUUAGAUGAAUUAAUAUUUUAAAGGUUAUGGAUUAAUAAUAAUAAUUAGUAUAAUUACAGUUCAGCUGGGAAUAAAUUUCAGUCAUAUCAUAUCAGUCUAUUGACAAUUAAGUGUAUUUAGGUUGUACAAUAAGUUGUAUAAUUCUUUAUAUUUAAUAAAAUAAUAUAUGUUUAAA